AAGAUUACGAUCAUAUGUUGGUAGUGUAGACGGAUUACCGCCACGGCUAUUGUAUUUCGACAAUGAGUAUGGAUUUAUAUUUUUAAGUAAAUAUUGCGAGACAAAGUGCUAUUUAGCAUUGAAACUGAAGAUAUUUAUUCAUAUAAAUAAGUAUGGAUUCUGAAAUUGAUAUAGAAUUAUCAAGUGAUCAAACUAAGAUUUCACACAUGGACAAUGAAAAAGAAAAUGAAAAUUUAAUUGAACAUAAUAAUGACAUAAAUACUAAUACGGAUGAAGUAAUACAAGGAUCAUUAAUUCUUGAUUCAAAUAAAAAUACUGCAGAUGAAAGUCAAGCGAAUGAAAAGUUAAUUAACGAGUUACACGAAAUUCAUCAAAAAAAGUCUGAUCAAAGCUCAGAAAGUACAGUAGUAUCAAAUAUUGCAUCUUAUCAAGAAAAUACAUUACAAGAAGGUAAUUUGCGAAUGAAUACAUUAACUUUACAAGAAAGUAAUAUAACAGGUACCGAGUGUAAUGACAUACAGGAUGCAACUUUACAUGAAAAUACUACAGAAACUGUUUCACAGGAAGAAAGCACAAAAAUAACACCAAUAACAUCUGUCACAGAAAGCACAGAUAUUUCAUCAGAUAAUAGAAAUACCACAAAAUGUUUAGAAUUUCAAACCGCAAAGAAUACACCAGAGGAAAUGGAAAACAAGAGCUCAGAAACUGCUGAUGCAGAUGAUAUAUGUAAUUUGAACUUAGAAAAAGAUGAUUCUGAAACAGAAAAAACACAACUAUCUACUAGUGAUAAAGGUAGUUUAAAUACUAAAUUGACUGAAUCAGAUGAAACACUAGAAGAUUGUGAAAGGAAUGUGACAAAGGGAAAUGUUGAACCAGAAAAUACAGAAUUUGUACAAUUUUCUCAAGAAAAACAUGGAGACGUACAAAUUGAAAAUCAGUCCAUGGAUGCUGAAGAUCCUUUUGGAGGGGAUAAUUUUACAACAGAAAAUGUUGAAUCAAUGGACACAGAUGAUCUUAAUGAAACUGAUGUAGAAUUUCCUAAAUUAUGUAGUCAAACAGAUAAUCUGCAAGAUAUUGUAAAUAGUAGAGAAAACAGUUUUAAUGCUAAGAAAAAAAGUAACAAAGAGAAUAAAGAUAUUUCAUCUGAUAUUUUACAUUCUUCAGAUAUAAUAAGUACUGACAAAACUUGUAACGACAAUUCAGUUGAGAUGGAAGAAAGUGAAAACGUAAAUACAGAAGUUGCAGGUCCAACUGAAAAGUGUAAUAGUAAAAAAAAGGAAACUCUUAGUGAAAUAACACCAAUGGACACUGAAGAGCAAUCUAAUGUUUUACCAGGACAAGAUGAUGAAUUAUGUAUUAUUCCAGACAGCAUGAAAGUAAUAAUUCCUGGACAAACAGAAAAGUCAGAUUCUAAUAAUAAGGAAGAAUCUUUACCUGGAGGUAGUCAUAAACAUAAUGAAAUUAAACAAAGCAGUCAAGAUAAUGACUUACAAACUGGAACAAACAAAAGUUCGAAACAAAAUUCAAAGGAAUCAAAUAUAACUGAAUCCAAUCCAAAAGAUACAGAAAGUGUCCAAAAAGCAAAAGAUUCACAUGCCAAAGUUACAGCUCCAACUGCAGAUGUUAUUAAUAUUGAUGAAGAAUCAAAAAAUUCUGAAAUCGAAGAAAUCACGACUAAAGAAAUUUGUAAACAAUGUAAUGAAGAAAGGUCAUGUAAGAUUAAAGUAAAGAUUGGUUUUGAUACUUAUAGUGUAUGUUCAAAAACUUGUAAAGCCUUAUUCAAAGCUGCUAAUAACAGAGCUAUGGACAUACCUAGUGAUGGAGUUAAUUCUAAACGGGAAAAACGAUGCGCAAAUUGUUUAUUAAUAGUUGAACCUAAUGAUGAACGCAAUCUUUCUUGGGAAACAAUGGAAUUUUGUAACGAAGAAUGUUUAGGCAAAUUUCAAACAAAAUAUGGCAGUUAUUGUAGAAAUUGCAAUGGUUCGGUACAAGCAGUAAGUUUAGGCAAAUAUUGUGUACGUUUUGGCUAUGAUGUUAGACAGUUUUGUUGCUCUACAUGUUUAGAAGAAUUCAAAAAAGGACUAAAAGUAUGUAGCUUUUGUCAAAAAGAUAUAAGUUCUGGUACAGAAGGUUUUCUAGCACCAGUUGGGGACAGAGGACAAUUUAAAGAUUUCUGUACUCAAGAAUGUAUGGAAAAGUAUUCAAAAAUGAGUUCUGUUGAGCCUCCAAUACUGGAAAAAAAAUGUUGCAGUGUCUGUGAAGAAGAAAAAGUUGUGCAUUGCGAGGUUCAAAUAGACAGAUCUGAACCAGUAGCUAUUUGCAGUGAACCAUGCUUUGCAGCAUUCAAAUUUGUCAAAAAAGUUGAUCCUGAUCAAUGUUCCACCUGCAAAAAAUUUUUUGAAUUACCUAACAAGAAAAGUUCGGUCGUAUUUUAUGAAAAUGAGGCUCAUAUGUUUUGUUCUAAAACUUGUUUGAAUAUAUUUAUUAUUACGAAUAGAAAAAUCGUUCCAUGCAAUUGGUGUAAAGUGAAAAAGUACAAUUUUGAUAUGAUUAAAAAAGAACUAAAAACAGGACAGGUGAUGAUGAUGUGCAGCUUAAACUGCUUAACACUGUAUCAGGUAUCUAUUAAUGCAGUUUCGGCGAAACGAAUAAACUGUGAUUUUUGUAGAGAAUACUCACAGGCCCAGUAUCAUUUAACAAUGUCAGAUGCAACGAUACGAAAUUUUUGUUCUUACCACUGUGUAAUGAAUUUUCAAGCUCAGUACACUAAAUCGCCAAUUACGAUACCAGCAGGUGAUGAUCCUGUACCUACUGGUAUGCCUAAAAGAACAGUGGUACCACAGAGAAACGCUAAUUCCAGUAAUCAAAAAACCAACGAUAUGCAAAAUAAAAAAAACAUGCCAGUAAUUUCAUCUGUUACAAGUUUAGCGAUAGGAAAUGGACAAUCUAGUCCAACUACUCAACAAAAUAACGUAAAUAGUAUGAUGGUGCCUUCGGUUACUAUCAGUCAAAAUCAAACGUCCCAAGUAAUUUUUAAGCAACACAUUAUAACAAGGCCACCGAGUCCGAUUCAAGUUCAUAAUAAAACAACUCAGUGUAAGCCUGUUGUACAUACAAAGGGAGUAUCAGUUCGUCCACGCCCUUGUACAAAAGCUACACAAACGGAUGGAAUUCAACAAGCAGUUAUACCGAUUCCGGUUCCAAUUUAUGUUCCAUAUCCAGUACAUAUGUUUAGUAUGCCUUUUCCAGUUCCAAUGCCCUUUCCAUUACCAAUCCCUGUUCCUAUUUUUAUACCUACAACGAGAAAUAGCGCUAAGGGAAUAUUUAAAGAUAUUAAAAGAAUACAAGAAAAAAUACCAGCAGAUCCUUUCGAAGCUGAACUUCUUAUGAUGGCAGAGAUGGUCGCAACCGAAAAGAAAACUAAUGAGAGCGAUUCAGAUUCUGCAGAUGAUAGAGAUGAAGAUAAUGGCGAUCGUGAUCAUUCGCAUAGCGGAGGUUUUAGCCCAGAAGGAGUUGAUUCCAGUAAUACGUUCGGUGAUGAUAUGUUACAAAUGGCUUUAAAAAUGGCAACUGGCGAGUUAGAUGAACCAGCUGUUGAUUUGGAAGCUGCUUUAACUCCAAAUACAAUUACCGCUACACAAGCAUCAGCACAAGCUGAUACAACUAUAGAAAAUGAUGUUCAAUCAGAGCGGCUAAUUAUUUCUUCCCGCGGAAGAAAACGAAUGGUCCCGUAUAAGCCACGAUCUACUCCAAACAAAAGGGGAAGACGUGCUUCUGGAGCAAACGAUAUACCUUUGAUGCCUCCUCCUGAAGUUCAACCUCCACCUCAACCACGUGUUAUAGAACCUAUAGAAAAGCCAGAUGCGAAUAUGGCACUUAAAUAUACCUUUGGAGUAAAUGCAUGGAGGCAAUGGGUAGUUACAAAAAAUGCUGAACUAGAAAAGCAAAGUACACCAUUAAGGAAAAUGAAAUUAUUCAAAACAGAUCUUUUGCAACUCACAGCGGAUGAAUUAAAUUAUUCAUUGUGUCUUUUUGUAAAAGAAGUUAGAAAACCAAAUGGAGCAGAGUAUGCUCCUGACACAAUAUAUUAUCUUUGUUUAGGAAUACAGCAGUAUUUAUUUGAAAAUAAUAGAAUAGAUAAUAUUUUCACAGAUUCAUAUUAUGAGAAAUUUACGGAUUCUCUGAAUGAAGUUGCAAAAAAGUUUUCCGUUCUUUAUAACGAUGCACAAUACAUUGUUACAAGGGUUGAAGAAGAACAUUUAUGGGAGUGCAAACAAUUAGGCGCUCAUUCUCCACAUGUACUUUUAAGUACUCUAAUGUUUUUUAACACGAAACAUUUUAAUCUUGUGACAGUCGAAGAGCAUAUGCAGUUAUCAUUUUCUCAUAUUAUGAAACAUUGGAAACGUAAUCCUGCUGCACAACCGGCUGCAACAACAGGAAAAGUUCCGGGUUCUAGGAAUGUUCUUCUUCGUUUUUAUCCACCCCAAUCAGCAUUAGAAGGCAAUUCACGUAAGAAAAAGGUAUAUGAACAACAAGAAAAUGAAGAAAAUCCUUUGAGAUGUCCAGUAAAAUUAUACGAAUUCUAUUUAUCUAAAUGUCCUGAAAGUGUUAAAACUCGAAAUGAUGUGUUUUAUUUACUACCUGAAAGAAGUUGUGUACCAGACAGUCCAGUAUGGUAUUCGACAUCUCCACUGGCUAAAGAACAUCUUAUAAAAAUGUUAUAUCGUAUUAAAAUGGUUAAAGAAAUUAAUGUGGCAUUAUUAACUAGUUAAUUUCGUAUUCACGUAUUUAUCUUCUCUCUGUUAAUUUGGACAACUUAAUAUAAAAAAAAAUAAUUGUUCCCUCAUACAUCAGAUAAAAAUGUUUUAAAAAUGAUGUAGUCAUGAAA